GUGUCAGCAUGUGGGAGUUUGAGGGUGUCGAGCUGAAAUCUGGCGACAAAGUCUUAGACAUCGUGUUUAACGAAACCCUGGCCGAGUGCCUCGAACCGGUGAAAAACAUGCCAGCGAAGCGAGGAGGAUGCUUCGAUGUGCUCUAUAGCAGGAUGUACAGCUGCAGAGAUCUCCGCUUGAAGGACUCGCCUCCGGCUACGUGUGAUCGCCUCCGGCGUUGCCUCAAAGGUGAGUUCCACAGCUUGGUGGAUCCUUGCUCCUGGUUUUGCCGGGGCGGCAGCUUAGAUCAGAUGGCAUUGAGGAUCGAUUGUCUCAAUGCGCUCAAGCAGGCCAAUGAGUGGGGAGCCAGAUGUCACGAGAAAGGUUACCAGCAGAAGGAGUUCGAAUACCUGGAGAAGGUGAACGACAUGUCCCACCAGUGCAUGAUGAAAACCACCACCACGACGACCACUCCCGGCAGAUUGCUGUACUGCUGGGUGCUCGUGGUGCCCUGGACCGGGGAGCCUGACCUGCUUCUCUUACAUCAGCAACUCAAGGCUGGGAUCACGUCCUGCGAUGGCUUCGACGUGUUCUCCGACAGGAAGAUGCGCAUCGGUAGCCUGGACACCAUCGAAAUCAGCGACCUCGACUUGCACUGCAAGAUCAACCCGCAGACGUUGACCGUCGAGAACACCCACAUUUUCCGAAAGGCGUGGAAGAAAGUCCUCGACAAGCUGACGUGGGAGCAGUACGAGUGGACCGUCAAGGUUGAUCUAGACGCGGUGUUCUUCCCUGAUCGGUUGGGCGCGCUGCUGAAGGAUGCCUGGAUACGGAGCCAUGCCCAGAUCGGCAAUGGCGUCUGGCUGAACAACUGCUGGCGUGGCUUGCAUGGGCCCAUUGAGGUGCUCUCGAUGCGUGCGAUGCAGGUCUAUCAUCAACAUUGGGCCGAGUGCGCCUCCGUGGCUGCCUCCCGACCCCAAGAGGACGUUUACCUUGGCAGCUGCAUGCAUCAUCUCGGGGUGCAUCGCCACGACGCCUGGAGCCUGCUUGCCGAG